CUCCUUAUUACGAAAAUAUGAUAAAGCAUUCAGUUGUAGUACUGGAGUGUACCUAAUAAGAAAUGUCUGCUAUUCAUAUUUACUUAGUUAUUUUUUGCGUGAUAAAUUUUACAACCGGUCGUCACAAAUUAACGCUGCACCGUGGGCAUGCUAUUACUGAACAUAAAGCUAUAGCAGAUAGAAAUAUUUCAUUGAUACAGACAAGGGAAAAUAAUAGAUUGAACGGCGAAGGGAUACGGAAAAGUAAAGAAAAAGUUUCCAUCACAGUGUAUUACGAAACUCUAUGCCCAGCAAGCAUUAGGCUAUUUGUAAGACAACUGAAGCCAGCUGUUGAGAAAUUGUCGUCUCAUUUGGAUGUACAACUUGUACCAUAUGGAUUUGCCUUGACUUACAACAUCGGUGGCUACUACAUGUUUACAUGCCAGCACGGACCGGACGAGUGUUACGGGAACAAGAUGCACGCCUGUGUCGUGGACACAUUACGGAAUAGCACGAAGGCGGUUUUGUUCAACACCUGUCUCAUGCAGUAUUCCGUCCGCGAUCGAUACGGCUUCAAUCUCCUGUCUGUAAUACACUGGUGCGGUUAUAAACUCAAAGUUCUCGUAAGCCGUAUAUUGGAUUGCGUGAACUCUAAACGAGGGUCUGUGAUAUUGAAAAACUACGGCGAUCAAACUCAGAUGUUGAUGCUCAAAUAUGUACCUUAUAUAUUAAUCGACAACUCCGCUGAGAAACAGAACGAUGCGAUGGUUAAUUUGAUCUCCACAGUAUGUAAGAUUCUGGUGCCUACCCCACAAGUCUGUAAUAAAACUGUAACGAGGUACCACUGACGAAGAAGCUGCAACAGUUCGUGUGAAAAUGGUCAUAUAUUUUUAAUAUUCCUGUUUUUAAUUUUAAUUUAAUUUAUUUAAAUAAGUAAUACCACAUCACAAACAUCUAACAUUGAAAAUAAAUUUAAACUAUUUAAUUUAUGGCCUGAUGCAUGUGACAACAAUGGCGUACAUAGCAUUGGCAAUUCAUCGGCUCGAAAAUGGAAUACAAUAAUAAUAAUAAUAAAAAAACAAUACUAUUUGUUGAAAUAUUAAUAAAAAUGUCUAAAAAUGUCAUGUCAUAUCGAAAAGAAGAAAUGUUAAUACAAUGUCAAGCAACAACAAGUCAGUUAUAGAACAACAAAUGAUCCAACUGUACGAUGAUAUUAUGAAGCAUAUUGGGUAGAAAUUAGGGACGGGGCAUCUGAGCAAUCACUUGAAUGUUUCUUUUGCAUUCAUGAGUAACGUGACUAAAAGAAAACGGUCUUAGGCGCCGUACAAGAUAUAUAAAAUGUUGAUUAACGAUUACAAAUUAUAAAAAAGUAGUGCCAACAAGAAAAUAAGUAGCUUUUUCUUUUUGUCUAAGAAUAAAAUCCUAUCACAUAAUAAAGUCAAUGGCAGAUUUAUAAUAAAAAAUUUACUUAGAUGUAUCUAAAAUGUAUUUAAAAAUUUAUUAAAUGUAUUUGUCAAAUUUUUCUCUACUUAGUGGGUAUGCCAUUGGUGGGUAGCCUCCAAUGUUUCUAUUGGAAAUAUUCAGCCCCAUUUUCAACCACUGGCGCUUAUGUUUUUGUGAAACUAAUUGUGUAGAUGUACUUCGCAUUACAAUAUAAUAAUGUUCCCGGUACCAUCGAGCUGAUGUAAUGGUGAACCUGGAAUGUGGAUGAUGGGACCCUUGAAUUAACACUUACACAAUACGUGUUUUUUAACUUAAUUGUACUACCUACUAAUUAUUUAUUAAGUUAUCGAAAAAAAGCAUAUUUUUUCAAAUAAACAUAAAAUAAUGUAACAGAUUGAUUUAAGCUUUAUGGAUUAUUAAAGGAUGUAGGAUUCAUUUAAUCCUACUAAUUCAACAUAAGAGUCCAAGACAACAAAAACGUGUCGUGCAAUGCACAAUUUAACGAAAAUUGUGAGCGGUGAAGCUAAAAUCCUAAGCGAUCGGGGCGCUAUUGUUCUGUCUUGUAGCCAGACAACAAAGUCGACGGUGUCCAAAACGAGGGAAUUCUCGACUUCGUCCGCCGCGUCGCACGUGAAUACUUUCCCACACGUCUCCUUAAGGAACACUGCCAAACUACACAUGUAUUGUUGUGGAUCUCACGAUAGAACUUUACUUACUAAUAUAGAGCUGUACUUAAUUAGAAUUGUAGCUAUAGCAAAGUGCGUUAGCUAAUGGAACUAGGAAAUGAAGAAAAUUAUGAUAUUUAA